CACUCUUGCUUGCUCCGUUCGUUCUCUCAACCAAAUGGGCCGGAGACUCUUCUCAUCCGCCGCCGCCGAAAGGCUCCUCCGCCACCACUCCGCCACCUCUGUUGCAACCUCAGCCUCCGACCUCCCUGACCUGGACGAAGAGGAUGUUUGGGCCACCGCCGCAGCCACCUCCGGCGCCAGGAGCAGUUGGCGGCUCGUUGACUGCGUUGACCACCGGCGCCACGUGGGCGGCCUUUCGAGAGUUUUAGAUGGCGGCGCCGUGGUGGCGAUGUCGGCUCCAGUGGAAGUAACCUUUCCGGAGUGGGCGAAGAAGGGUUUGGGCCGGAUCGGGUCGGUGGAGCCGGUGGGCGGGUCUACGUGGGAAGAGGAGGUAGAUGAAGAAGGAGACUGGGUCCCGCCGCACGAGUACCUAGCUCGACAACAGGGGAAGACGGCGCUGGCGACCUCAGUCUUCGAGGGGGUCGGCCGGACCCUGAAAGGCCGAGAUAUGAGCCGGGUUCGUAAUGCAGUCUGGAGUCAAACCGGGUUCUUUGGCUGAACCGCUUCGUAACAAGAAAUUCUUAAUUCAUAUAUAUUUAUUGUAUUAGUUGUUUCCUCUGCUUCUUUUAGGUAGUGAUUUUAGCUUUGUAAAUUGUUAAUAAUGUCUAUUUCUGGGCUUAUUGUGCGAAAAUUCUUCU